AUGGUGCAGGGGGUGCUGGAAAUCGACCUCCAAGAAACAAUGCUCCUCUCAGCGGUCCUUCUAGUAAUUCUUGGCGCCAGCACUACUUGGGCUGCCCACAAGAUCGAUGUAGUCAACCACUGUCGAGAAAGGUUCUCGAUGCAGAUUCCCGGCCAUGGAGUAAUCGCAUCCGUCGGGAAUAAUUGUGAUACCAAUGGAGUGCCGUGCACUGCUGCUGAGUUUGCGCUCGUCUCAGGCAUCAGCUCGGCCGAUAUCACUUUGAUUCCACCUCACCGAUACAACCACUCGCUGCGUAUAACGCUCACCAAUGGCCAAUCGAAAUCCUGCCAACAUGCAAACUGUCCAACAGCUUUCCACCAGGAUGGAAACGAUGGGAUGUACCAAAUCCAAGAAGCUAAUAACCCGAACUCUGGAAUCAAGCUGGAGUUCUGCUAUUAG